AUGGCGCAACAACAACAACAAAAUGACAAUGUGAUGCGAAGAAAGCUGGUGAUUAUCGGAGAUGGUGCCUGUGGGAAAACCAGUUUGCUCAGCGUCUUCACGCUGGGCUACUUUCCAACGCAUUAUGUGCCAACGGUCUUCGAGAACUACGUAACAGAUUGCCGCGUAGACGGUCGGUCGGUUCAAUUGGCUCUGUGGGAUACUGCUGGUCAGGAAGACUACGAACGGCUGCGCCCGCUGGCCUACUCGAAGGCGCAUGUGAUUCUGAUCGGCUUUUCGGUGGAUACGCCUGAUUCGCUGGAGAACGUCAAACACAAGUGGAUCGAAGAAGCGAACGAACGAUGUCCCGGCGUCCCCAUCAUCCUGGUCGGGUUGAAGAAGGAUCUCCGGGAGGACCCCUUGGCGGUCGAGGAGAUGCGGAAGAAGUCGCUGAGGUUCGUCACGUCCAAGGAAGGAAGCGAUAUCGGCACCCAGAUCGGCGCCCGCAAGUACUUGGAGUGUUCCUCCUUGACGGGGGAGGGGGUGGACGACGUGUUCGAGGCCGCCACCCGGGCCGCGCUGCUGACGUUCGACAAGCGGAAGAGCUCAUGCUGCAUUGUGCUAUGA